CAAAGCUUUGCUUGUGAAUAUAGAUGAUGUCAGGCGUUAGCUGAAAUGAUAUAUUUGCAACAAAGUCUUAAAAAUGCUUCGUGGACCGUCCCGCGCUGAUCUGGGAGUAGGCAAUAUGCUGGCCAGGCUGCCUAGCUCGCCCGGCCGUCUGCAGUUGCCUUUGCUGAUGCCUCGACUGCUAAUGUCAAAUUCCCUGCUUAGACAAAGCAGGAUCUCAAAACUGUGCGAUAGCUCUGCUGCGCGACCGAACCUGCGCCCCAUCCAGGUCUUCGCACGCUACCAGUCCUCUGCAGCGAAGCAGCACUCUGAAAGUCGAACACAGGAUGCAGAGGUGCUGAGAGACCUGAAAGCACCUGACACCACGCCAGAUUUCAGGCGGACAGGCAGCGACAAUGGCCAGGCUUCCACUUCAGGCCGCCUGCCCCAGACAGUGCAGGAGCUGCAGAGUGUCAUUGCUAGCAACUGCCCUGUGUUCUACUUCCAUCCUGAGGAAAGGUACUAUCCCUGCACAGUCCAAUGGUUUCUGGAGCGGUGUGAGCUGCAGCUGAUCCGCAAGGGGUGGCGAAGGCGAGUGCUGAGGGUCAUUGAGCAAGUGGGAGGCCUGGAUGGAGAAACACUGAAGAGGGCCGAGGCCUGGUUUGGCGCUCAGCCCUUCAAACGCUCCUUCAUGAUGCUGCGCUUAGUCGACCCUCAACACCGUUCUGGCCAGCGCAACCAGAUUAAUCAGGUGCCCAUCUACGCGCAUGCGAAGGAAUUGGUAGAUCCCCAAACCGGCCGGCGCACGGCACUGGAGAUCAACUACAUGAAGUUCCUGGCGUACAAUGGCUCCUACAAGCUGUUUGGGUGGAUCCCGGCGGGCAAUCUCGGCGCGCAUGACGCUGACUGGGAGCAUGUGACCAUGCGUCUGACCCCCGACGGCCGCAGCGUGCUCGGGGUGUACUACAGCGCCCACAGGCAUGAGGACGGCGUGUGGCGCUCAGCAAAGGACGUGCCGCGCUCGGAGAAAGGGCGGCCGCUCGCGCACAUUGCGGUGAACGGUCACGGUUCAUAUCCCACCGCCGGCACCAUCCCCCGGAUUUUUUUUGCCGCCAACGACAAGACCAGCAACCAAGGCGCCGUCUGGGACCCGGAGCGCUGUGUGAUUGUAACAAAUAAUGGCGAGGGAGGAGCGCUGCCUAAGGUGGAAGAUAGGGGCUCUGAUCUGGACGGCUCCUCAUACUUGGCUCUUGGGAGGGGCGCCAAGUCUGCGCCAGACCGUCAAAAGCCCGCAGGCCGGAGGCCGGCGGCGGCAUUUGAGCCGGCAGAGUGGCUGGAAUACGGCGGCCGGUGGGGCACCACUGUGGCGGCACCGGCCAGGCAGGACUGGUUUGCGCGCGCGGAAAAUCCGGUUUCCAGGACGUGGCUUCAGCAGGUGCUGUUUCCUCUGGCGCCGGGCAUCGAGUCCAUCUAUGAGCCAGCCUUGGAGGAAGUAGAGGAAGCGCUGGAAGGGGCGCGCGAAAACAUGGAGCACAUGCAGGAGGAGGUACGCCGUGAGGCAGAUGAGGUGCAGCGGAGGGUGGAGAGGUGGGUCAAGGGGGAUAAAAAGUAGAAAUCGGUGGAAAUAACAAAAAUAUCAGGCAUUUGGAGCGCAAUUGCAAGUUCUGUGGACGCCCAGACACUAGGACGCAAUGAGUAGGGCGUAGUAGUCACUCAGGGGGAGUGACUAAGAGAGAUUCUUCUUGUUACUCCC